UACUCCCUGUCACGUCCUGAGACUCAGGCUAUGGCAGAGUACAUUCAGGAGAACUUGGCUAAGGGAUUUAUCAGACCCUCACAGUCCCCAGUUGGGUCGGGGUUCUUUUUCGUGGGUAAAAAGGACGGUUCGUUGCGACCCUGCAUCGACUUCAGGGAAUUGAACCGUAUCACGAUUAAAAACUCGUACCCACUGCCUCUCAUUUCGGUUUUGUUUGACCAGCUUCGUACUGCCACCAUUUUUUCUAAGAUUGACCUACGCGGUGCUUACAAUCUAAUCCGAAUAAGAGAGGGGGAUGAAUGGAAGACUGCCUUUAAUACCCACUCAGGGCAUUAUGAAUAUUUGGUGAUGCCUUUUGGGCUCUCUAAUGCCCCGGCAGUCUUCCAGGAAUUCAUGAACGAUGUGCUCAGGGAAUAUUUGGAUAGAUUCUUAGUUGUUUAUCUAGAUGACAUCCUAAUCUUCUCUCAUUCCCUGGAGGAACAUCGGAAGCAUGUACGCUUAGUCCUCCAGAAACUCAGAGACCACCAGCUUGGGGCGAAGCUGGAGAAGUGCGAGUUUGAAGUCCAGCAAAUCGCAUUUCUAGGGUAUAUUAUCUCCUCAGAAGGUUUCCAAAUGGAGGGUUCUAAGGUACAGGCAGUCCUGGAUUGGGUGCAGCCCACUAGUUUGAAGGCGCUUCAGCGUUUUCUGGGCUUUGCAAAUUUUUAUAGACGGUUUAUCGCUGGAUUUUCGUCUAUAGUGGCCCCCUUGGUGGCACUCACUAAGAAAGGGGCGGAUGUUGCUCACUGGUCUUGUGAGGCCAAAGCGGCCUUUGCCCGUCUCAAAAGGGCAUUUGUCUCGGCCAAGGUGCUGCGACACCCAGAUCCAGAGCGUCCUUUUGUGGUAGAAGUGGAUGCCUCUGAGAUAGGUAUUGGGGCAGUGCUCUCUCAGAUGGGGGUGUCUGAUAAUCGCCUUCAUCCCUGUGCUUACUUUUCCCGUAAAUUUUCGUCUGCCGAAAUGAAUUAUGAUGUGGGUAACCGGGAAUUGUUGGCUAUAAAGGAUGCACUCGGGGAGUGGAGACACUGGCUUGAGGGGGCUAAGUUUGUGGUCUCAAUUCUCACCGACCAUAAGCCGGUUGUACAAGAUCAAAAGGUCUGUCUGAAAGAUACUACGGCCUUCUUGUUACAAUUGGAGAAGCUGUCACCGCUGCCGGAGAACUACCUGAUGUGCACCAUAGAUGUGAUCAGCUUAUAUACCAACAUCCCCCAUCAAAGAGGUAUUGAAGCCAUCAGACGGUGCAUCACAGGCAGUCACAAAUAUAAUGGUCCAGACAUCAAUUUCUUCAUUAAGUUACUGGAGUUAACUCUAGCACAAAAUUACUUCAUUUUCGAUGGUAGAUUUUUCCGGCAAUGCUCGGGGUGCGCGAUGGGGUCUUGCGUGGCCCCGAGCUUUGCAAACAUCUUUAUGCGAGAAGUGGAAAAUGACCUCUUUCUAACUAAUCCUAAUGUAGCGGGUAGUAUUAAAGCAUACUUCCGCUACAUAGAUGAUAUCUUUGUAUUAUGGUCAGGAUCGCAAGAGAGUUUCCAACAGGCUAUGCUUGACAUCAACCGGUUGGAUGACUCCAUAAAAUUCACAUAUUCUACCAGCUAUGAAGAAAUACACUAUCUAGAUGUGGCUAUCAAACAAGAUCAUCUGCACCACUUGCACACCUCUUUAUUUGUCAAAGAAACAGACAUAAAUACCACGCUGCAUGCUAACAGUCACCACCCGCCGACCCUUAAAUGGGGAUUGCCAUAUUCCCAAUACAUGAGGAUCAGGCGUAUCUGCAGUGAUCAAGCUGAGACCAUUAAACAGAUGGACAUCAUGACACGAAAAUUCAUAGAAAGAGGUUAUAAACUAAAACAUCUAAGGGAAGCCAAAAGCAGGGCUUUGAAGCAUGAUAGAAUAAGCUUAUUAAACAAAACCCAAAAUACAAGAAAGCCGGACUUCAUAGUUUGGACUCAAGAUUUUUCCACCACCAGUAUGAGUACCAUGCAGAAGGCCAAACAAAUUUGGCCUAUCAUCACCCAAGACAAACAAUUACAGUCUAUCAAAGGAGUGAAGAUUUUACCCUCUUAUCGAAGAGGAAGAAACAUCAAAGGUUGGGUGGUACAUAAUGACGUUUCUAAUCUUAAAGUAUCACCGCCUGGCCAUUUCUUGACAAGGAAGCCAGAUGGUCUUGAUAAAAGGGCAGCAGCCCUGAAACGUUGA